ACGGAGGCCAUGGUGUCUUUGAACGUUUUGACGGUUCAUCCCUAGGGCAUGCAUGUCAUCAAUGGAGUCUAGAACAUCGCAUACUCACUAUACUACGUAGUAAUAAGGAACAAAGGUAGUACAGUAGAACGUAACGCAAUGUUCAAUAAACAAUGGGCUAGAACAUUGAAGAACACAACCGUACACUACUGAACACCUAAAGUGAAGGGAAUAUUGGUUGUUCCUAGCCGUCAAUGGGUUGAACAGUGCCGGGAACCUUUGUACUUACUUCGUUAUCAGAGUUUGUCUUUAUGCCUAGAAUUGCUUAUUAGCAACUAAUCGCUGGGUGUUUACCAACAGUAUGACACAACAGCAAGAGUAGCACAACUGAAUAGACAACAGCACAAUCAACGAGACGCAUGCACAAUUCCAUAACCGAUGUAUCCCGAUCGCCAACAACAGCCUCAAAAGAGGUACUUGAGAACCCGAGCCAGUAAAACUUCCCCGGCUCCCCAACACCAGAACGCAAAUGGAACAUUAGGCUGUGGGUCAUGGAAGAAGACGAAGACUCUGCCGCGAUUCUCAUCAUGGUUUCAGCCCCAUAGACGAUACGACCCGAAAGAGUCCUUUUUUCCAUUCCCCAAAGUUACAUUCCUAAUUGACGAACCAAUAGAAGUCAAAUGUCAGAUAUGCCAUCAGGCGAACUGUCAGAUCAAACCAGAUGCAGAGCCGCUUGACGAAAGUACAUUUAGUCUAAUGCCAUGUGGUCAUGCUGCUUGCUUGCAGUGCCUCGAAGGGUGGUUCGAGAAUCAGGGCACUUGCCCGUUCUGCCGAGUCGAUCUCAUCUAUCCCGGGUGUGGACAUAGAGUUCCAGUGAGACCCCUGACUAGGGAAGGACUUCAUCUGCUACCAAGGACACUACCAGACCAGGGCAGGAUCCCGAAUCUCUGUGCGCAGUGCCUCAAAGCAAGAUUGCUGACUCGAGCAGAAGAAAAACUUGAACAAGCCAUGGAAGGGUUUCGAGCAGCCAGACUGCGACUUCACUACACCAAAGCACCCACUGACGAGACAAUUAUGCUGAACAUGAGAGACGAGUUUGAGACAGUGCUCCGAGAUGAGGUAUACCUCAAACGACUAAGCACGUGGUUGACAAGCUGGUAGGGCGCCAUGAUGCAGGGAGUCAUGACUCGAACGAUGGUAGGUAGGGGUGAGAUAGCCUUUGAGAUGCAACUACUAUCCGCGGAAAUCGUAAAAGUACACGAUACCUAGUCCGUAGCAACAGAAAUUUCCUCAGCCUGCUCGAGUCAGAAAGUGAAAGAUAUACAGGGAUAGAGAGUGGCUGAAAGAAGCGGUAUUGUGCAACCCAAGCUGCCGCAUGUUAGAUACCUGUCUCUCAGGCAUCAUCGGCGAAGCUGCCAUGGAACAACCACGUUUUCCCCCCAUAACCACCUGAAUCGCGAAUGUGACGUGGAUGCUACGUAUGCACAUGCGUUGAAAAAAAUUCCCGAGGACUUGCAAGGACGGGCCGACAAUUCAGCUGUCUAGGGACCUUAUGGUGGUCGAUCUGGUGCAUAAGCUUGAGUCGGUACUGGGUUUCGCACCUAGUAUCCGUCCGAACUGACUCGACGACCUCUGAUUGGGAGGGGCCUUGGUUUUGAUGGUUGUGAAUUGCUUAUUAGUUUUGUGAUCCGAGACGCCAACCUCGGAUGUUUUGCAGAAUAGGGAAACCAAACAAAGAGCCGCAGGGAGAUAUGGAGGGCUGAGUAAUUUAGAGAUGAGGGAGAAUUGAAGGCAGCGCGCGGAAAAGAAGGAGAGUCCGAAUAGGUAGUUGAAG